AUGGAAACUCGAAUUAAAAGUGAUAAUUCUGACAGAUUCAUUGUUGCCUUGUCUGAUGACUUGAAGUUUGCUGUGAAUUAUGAGUUUGUUGAAGGUGGAAGAAUUUGGAUCUUUUGGAGGAAUCAUCUGAUGUUUUCUAUUUUUAGAAGUUGUGAUCAAGCUAUUACUAUUACUAGGGCUACUGAUGGUCAUAGCAUUGCUAUUACUGCUAUUUAUGGAAGUAACAAUGGUGUUGUUAGAAGGGGUUUAUGGGAGCAUUUAAGUACUGUUGGGAAGGAUAUUGGUCCCUCCUCUUGGUUGGUUAGUGGGGAUUUCAAUAUCAUUGCCAAGGCUGAGGAGAGUUCUGAUUUUGACAUCUUGGGUAUUCAUUGCACAUCUGAUAUGAAGGACUUCCAAGAUUGUUUGGAGGGGCUUGAUCUCAUGGAUCACCCUUUUUUUGGUCCCUUAUUCACCUGGCCAAAUAAACAAGAAUGCUCUUACCUGGCCAGGAAGCUUGAUAGAAUCUUGGUAAAUGACCAAUGGCUUCUGGAUUUUCCAGAUUCUUUUGUGGAAUUCAAAGCACAGGGGGUCUCUGAUCACUGCCUUGGAUUGAUGUGGACUCAUAAGCUUGCUAUGACUAGGAAACCCAAGCCUUUUAAGUUCUUCAACUGCUGGACUAAUCAUGAACACUUCUUGGCUACUGUUAGGGAUUCAUGGCAGCAGCAGUGUGGAGGUUCUGCAAUGAACUGUCUGUUCAAUAAGCUUAAGAGGCUUAAGCCUUUGCUUAGGGGAUUUAAUAAGCAGUUUUUCUCUGACAUUUCUGGUAGAGUAAGACUUAAAAGGGCUGAACUGGAGUAUAUUCAGAUUUUCAACCUCGCUCAUUCAAGCCAAAGGAGGAUUGAUGAUGAGAGAAGGAUUCAUACUGAGCUUGUUGACCUGGAAGUUGCAGAAUCUGAUUUUUAUAGGCAGCAUGCUAAUGUGUCCUGUCUUAGAGAAAAUGACUUGAACACCAAGUUCUUCUAUCAGAGGGUACAAGCUAAUACAAAGAAGAACACUAUAAGGGUCAUUAGAGGUGAGGAUGGACAUAUUCAUGAAUCUUUUGAAGGAAUUUCAGCUGAACUAGUAGGUUUUUUUACUAGUAUCAUUGGUACCCCUGACCCUUUUGUUAGAGGUUGUUCUAUUGAAACUUUGAGGGAUUUGCUUAAUUACACCCUCCCUGAUGGUACUGCCUCCUCUCUCACUAAGGAGGCUGCUUGGGAUAUUAUUGGCAGUGAUUUCACUUCAGCUGUGAGGUAUUUCUUUCACUCCUUUUGUUUACUGCCUGCCUUUAAUGCCACUGCCUUGGUCUUGAUCCCUAAGUCCCUUAAUGCUUGCUCUGUCAAGGAUUUUAGACCUAUUUCAUGCUGUUCAGUAGUCUACAAAACUAUCACUAGAGUACUGGUUAAUAGGCUUACUCCUUACUUCCCUGAUAUGAUUUCCCAUAAUCAGUCUGCUUUUGUUAAGGGGAGGAAUAUUGUUGAUAACACUCUUUUAGCCCAGGAGAUUGUGAAAGGACUCAAGCUGAAUGCUAUGAAAACUGAGUUUUUUUCCUGUGGCUUGAAUGAUAAUGCUCUGGAUCUGAUUCAGUCAGCUACUGGGUUUAGGCUUGCUCAUCUCCUUGUCAGGUAUCUUGGGGUACCCCUUGUUACUCGUAAGCUGACAGGGAGAGAUUGUUCUGCCCUGUUGGAGAGGGUUAAAGGUUGUGAUGCCCCUGCUAGAGGUAUUAGUGUAGGCUGGAAUCAGGUUUGUUCUUUGAAAUCCGAUGGUGGCCUUGGUCUUAGGGACCUUGCCUUGUGGAGUAAAACAUGUUGCCUGCUGCUCAUUAGAAACAUUUUGGCUAACGAAGGUUCUCUUUGGAUUGCCUGGAUCCAGGAAUACUGUUUUAAAACAGUGAGCUUUUGGGAGGUUGAAAUUCGAGCCCACUUUAGUUGGAUUUUAAAGAAGCUUUUGAAGCUUAGAGAGGUAGCUAGGAGUAUGUUUUUGCCUUCUGCCGACUUGAGCUUAGUUAGAGGCAAACUGCCUACCAAGGAUAGGCUGGUUUGGUUUGGUUUGACUUUGGAAGCUGGUUGUGUUGUGUGUGGGAUUGGUUUGAAGUCCCGGGACCAUUUGUUUGCAGAAUGUCCUUUUGCUAGGGAUGUAUGGAAUGUUGUUCUUAUUUCUUGUGGAUUGCGAUCUGACUUGUUUAGUUAG